CUCGCAUCAGCGACCUUCUGCAAAUGUGUGGGAGGAAUUUGGCCAGCUCUCCUCUAACUUUCAGGUGUUGUUAGUAUGGGAAGUCGACAACAAUGGCUCACGAGACUGAAGAAUGAGCUGAGCAACAGUCCUCUGGUGUCCAACGUGGCUUUCGGCUUCAUCCUGAUGGGACUGGAGAAGCUGGUGGAGCUGGAGUUUGAGUGUCCGUGCAAUCCGGCCUGGAACGGGCUGUUUUCCUCCGCAUUCUUCAUCAUUCCCGCCAUCAUGGCCUUCGCGCUCAUGAUGAUCUUUCAGGGAUGCAGGUGUGGCGUCUGGUGCAGGAGGACCGUGUCCCUGUCCAGCUUCGUUCCCGCCGUGGUCUGGCUGAUCCUGCUCUUUCUGGACGGUCAGUAUUUUGCCUGUGCGAUGACAGACUGGCACGGCAGGUUCGUGAUCGUGGACAAAGCCGCUCCGCAGAAAUGGUGCGAACCCAUUCAAGAGGAGAGCGCCAGUCCUCAGGAACUCAUGCUGCGCUCACAGCGACUGUUUGUGGAGUCUCAGGUGAUCGGCAUAGUGCUGCUCAUUUUUAUCUGUUUGGGACUGGUCGUGUAUGUGAUCAGAGAAAGCUGCCAGCAGGAGCUGGAGACUCAAGAUGCCAAUGUGGCGGAGAUGACGCUCUACAGCUCCAGCUGAUAGACACCCUUCCUCAUCCGAGUGCAGAAAAACACCAGUCACUCUUUACAUUACAGUGUUCAUGUAUUACUGCAAUGAAUAACACACAAGAAUGAGAAAGUACUUACAGGGAUAUCGUGUCUUUCAAAAAUGAAGAUGCAGUCAUCAUUUACUCAUGCUCAUAAUGUUACUUGCAUGAUUUUCCUUCGUCUGUGGAAGAAAAAAGGACAAAUCCUUAAACCUGCUCUGAUCGCUCUUUUCAAAUCAAUUGAAAAUGUUAACAGAAGGUGAAAAUAGUCAGUGAAUAAUGACUUCAGUGUAGUCAUCAAAGACAGGUAUUGUAAAACUUUAAAUAUAGCAUUUUUGGAUUUUUUUUUUUUUCGUUAAAUGUUCCGUUCAUUGUAAUUGCAUGGAAAAGAGCAAACGCCGUUAUUAUCCCCAUGGCAGAAAUAGUAACACAGCUUUAAGAUCAACAAGAGGGUGGGUCAAUAUGGUAUAAUAAAAAUUUAUUUUGGGGGGAACUAACACUUCAUAGAAUUAUUUCAGGUUAAGUUAAAGUCUAUUGACAGCAUUUCUGAUCGAUUAACACAGAAAGUAAUUUUGUCUCAUAUUUGCAUUUACACCAGAGGGUGAUAAAAUCACUUACUAAACUUGUCUGUGUAAAGUUAUUUACAACAUUUCAAUUCCUGUCAUGACCAUGAAUAGCCAGUAAACACUACAGCUCACAUUUAGGAAACACAUUUUCAUACAGAAGAAAUAAUACAUGUAUUUUAAAAAACUUUUCAAAAAUUGUUCUUUUUUUUUUUUGCAUUGAGAAAUUAUGGCAAUGUACUGAAAUGCAAAAACUAUAUUCUACAUAUUUUUUAAAUGUAUAAGAAAAUAAUGUACUACAGUGCAUCAAAAAUUCCACAUCCUAUAAAAUUUUAAUGUAUAAAAAAACUUCAUUCUAAAAUGUUUUUAAUUAUAGCCAUAUAAAU